AAUUAAAUUAAUUUACAAAAAAAAAAAAGAAAUAAAUUAAAAAUCUAUAGAGAAAUUAUUAUUCAUGUAUUAAUUGAUUUAUGUGCAUUUUGUAAAUUUUUACAUUCCAACAACAACAACAAAUAGUAAUAAUGACUAAUUUGUGGACAAGAUCAACAACGACAACAACAAUAUUGUUUGUCAUUUUGGCAACACAUUUAAUCGGCCAUGUGCAUUCAAAUGACAAUUUGCGUGUUGCAUACGAAUGGAAAGAAAUCGAUUUUAAAUAUGCCAGUGCUGAGGAACGUUGGUCGGCCAUUGAAAGUUUUGAAUUCAAACCUGAAAAUGUCAUACCAUUCGGCAUUGAGGUAUAUCAAUCAAGACUGUUUGUAACUUUGCCACGUUGGCGCGAUGGUGUGCCGGCAUCAUUGGCCUACCUUGAUCUAAAUGACACUGCAACAAAAUCCGCCGCUCUAAUACCUUAUCCCAGUUGGGAAGCACACAAUCUCAAUGAAAUGAAUCCAGAAUUGGUAUCACCCUUUCGCAUGCGUGCCGAUCGUUGUGGACGUUUAUGGGUGUUAGAUUCUCGUAUUUCCAGUGUAUUAGAGGAGACCAUGCUCUAUGGACCUGCUCAGCUUUUAAUAUACGAUUUACACAAUGACAAUCUACUCAGACGUCACAUUUUCCCCGAAGAUCAAGUUAAAGAAAGUUCAUUUUAUGCCAAUUUGGCCAUAGAAGAUGGUGACUGUGAUAACACCUUUGCCUAUGCAGCAGAUUUGGGUAGCCCUGGUUUAGUGGUUUAUUCGUGGAAACAGGAAGAAUCUUGGAGAGUUCAACAUAAUUAUUUCCAUCCCGAUCCAUUGGCUGGAAAUUAUAGUAUUGGUGGUCGUGAUUUUCAAUGGGAUGAUGGUCUCUAUGGUUUGGCUUUAAGUAAAAUGCAACAAGAUGGCUAUUCCACAUUAUAUUUUCAUCCUUUGAGUUCGACCAUGGAAUUUGCUGUCAGCACCAUGAUUUUACGCAAUAAAACUUUAGCCAUCGAAGGUCAAAUAUAUAAAGAAUUUAAAAUAUUAGGCUCUCGCGGACCAAAUGCUCAGGCGGGUGCUUCAUUUUUGGAUCAAUUAACGGGAGUUUUAUUUUAUGCUUUGCCCAAUUUAAAUGCCGUUGCCUGUUGGAAAACUUCUAAUCGCGCCUACACCAUCAAGUCUCAAGGUCGUGUCUAUAUGAAUCCCAUUGAAAUGGUUUUCCCCAGUGAUAUUAAAGUUGAUGAUCAAGAUCGUCUUUGGGUGUUAUCAAAUCGUUUGCAGGAAUAUCUCUACGGUGAACUCUUUCCAAAUUCCGUAAAUUUCCGUAUUUUAACAGCUCAUGUUAAGGAUGCCAUUGAAAAUACCGCUUGUGAUAUUAAAACCAAACCUCUGCCGGAAAUCAUUAAUAAAUUAGGCGAUAUUUUAAAUACGGCCUCAAAUAACAAUAGAAACAACAAUAAUAAUAGAUCAACAUCUGCUGGAUCACAGGUGUUGUUGGCGAAUUUGCUUCUUUUGGCAGCAGUUCUAAUGUCGUUGUUGAGGUGAUAAACCUGUUGGAAAUUUGAUCUUGAUAAUUGUUUUAGGUUUUAGUUUUUAAGGCCAUUUAAUAUUAUUUUAAUUAUAUACAUAUUUUAUUCUAGUUUUUGUAUAGUAUUUGUUGUAAAUUUAUUGAAAAAUGAUUUAUUUAAAUGUUAAAAAUUACCUCAGUAGUAAACUAAAUAAAGUAUCUGAUUAAUUCGUAUUUUUAGAGAAAAAUUAAAAAUAAAUUAAUAAGUUAUUAAUAAUAUAAAUUUAA